AAAAUUAUACUUGAUACUAACACUUUCAACGUACGGAAAGUGCGCAACCGUCCGGCAUGGAGCACUCUCUUGCCACGAUAGAAGACGCCAGUCUGCAUAGCCCUAGCUGAGCAGACCGGAGCCGGCAUCGGUACGCGUUUAAAUGUGGCUUUAUUUGACGGAAAGCUCUCGCGCGGAACGGUAACGUUGGAUGGUAGCGCGUGUGUUCAACGGAUCGACCGGUUUGUUGUGUAUGCGCGCGCGCGUCCGCUUUCGAGUGUUCAACGUGAAUAUUGUUGAUGUUCUAACUUAACGUUCUAAGGCGAAAAGUGUUGUGUUUUGUUGAAGGUAUGUGAAGAAAAGAUAAGGAUUUUAGACAAAAAAACAGUUAAAUUAGAAGUAAAAUACGAAAAAACGAGGAAUUGUGAAAAACGAAUAAAAUAAUAAGCAUAAUUUAAAGUAGUGAAAAAUCACAACAAACAUAUAAAAACGUAAUACAGUAAAAAUAAAUUAAUACCGGUUUGAUGUUUUAGUGCGUCGAAACGCAAAUGCUUUGAAAUCUUCUUGCACGAUCAUUCGUCAAAGUGAUCAGGUGUUUUCGAUUUGCUAUAAAAUCUGAGAGGAAGAAUGUAUACCGUUGUGUAUGUGAGAAUAUGAUGUGAGAGUUUUCGAUUGAGUCGUUGUGUGUGUGUGUAUUGUGAAUUGAAAUCAAAAGCAAAUAGUUUGUGAAUAGAACUGUAUCCAGAAAUUAGAGGCUAUUUCGAUACUCCUGGAGAGUGACUAGGUUUUCUUGUCUUCGAGUUUUAAGUAAAUGACUUGGUAAAAAUGUACCUGUGUGGGUACAAUUAAUGCAAUUAGUUGUCAGGGUCGGUUAAGGGGAAGACUUGUUUUGUGCUUCCAUCGCCCUGGCUCAUGUGUCGUGCAGUGAUGCAGACUUCCCGUCUGCAUAUGUGGCCCGCUAAGCGUAACGUGCACAGUGUCAAUGUUCCAAAUCCUUGCACGGGUCAGACGAAGGUCGGGAAUAGGAUCCUUAUGGCGGCAUUGAUGGACUGUCGUAAACGAAUGAACCCUUGGAUGUAGUAGGAGAGAGCUCAUACAUAAUAUGUUAAGAUUGAUAACGAUUAUUUUAAAAAAAUAUAUAAACUUAAGAAAUGUACCAUGCAGUAUUAACCAUUCAUGAAGACAUGACGUGGGAAGAAAAUUAAAUUACAAUACCUACGCUUUAAAGCAACGAACUUAAAACCAAAACGGGAAUAAUUUUUAAUAUCCUCGAAAUGUUUUAAUGACACUGAAACUACUUAACCACAAAAACAAGAAUAAAACGAUGUUUUUAAAGCGCUAUUAUGACAAAAAGCCACAUAAAAUUCAGCCAAACAUGAAAUACGAUGUAAUUAAACAUCCACGGUGUAAUUGUUGGCGGUUGAAGCAAUAAAACUGGCAAAUAAAUCAGCUUCAAUACCUAAUUAAUGAUUGUAUGGCAAUACUAACGCACUGCCAACCCAAUACCCAGCAGGGAAAGCAGAAAAGAUGACCAUGUUGUCUUGUCCUUUCGAAAAAGACAAAAAUAAUAUGGCCGGCUGGUAAGCAAAUCAGUUGCAGAAAAGUAUUUCCAUACCAUCGGCAAUCGUCAUCGGCAUUCCCAUAUCAAAACCUGUUUGUGACAGAUUUUAUUCUUUUUUCUGUCUCAAGUCAGUUGCCUUUUUUUCGUGCAAAUUUUGUACAAGUAUAUCGAUUUCAAUAUCUCACUGAAGCGUGGUGGGCGAAGAACAGGGCAGGAAGGUGUUGCAAAUCUCACGAGAAUAAAAGCCAUCUCGGGGUGAAUGUGAUGGGCAGGUUUUUUUGUAAAGAAGUGAAAGAAAGAAUAAAACAUACACGGGAUGUGAAAUGUGAACCGUUAUAGCCCGUGCCCACGCACGCAUAAUCGCUUUCUCAUGCAAAUGGGAAGGAAAUAAAUAUGUUACCAAUAAGAAAUUGGCAACGCGGUUUGAGUGUCGUUCCGAAAAGGUUUUCAAAGUUUGACCAUAUUUAAACGUAAUUGUUUUUGUUUUACGCUUGAUGUCGGAAUGUAAAUUACAAUUAAUAAUGGUGGAUACUGUUUGUUAUCUUAAUGCGUUCUAACAAGGGCAUUGAUUUCGAGUCGUUUGAUAUGAUGUUAACUAAGGAGGAUGGGAUGUUAAAAUGGAAGUACAAAUAUUAAAAGAAAUUCACUCGAACCAUAUUUCAAUGUUAAAGGGACUAUCAUUAUUUUGCUUAUGGUAUUCAAUUAACUUUUCGUAAAUUUUUAAUUUUUUUACAUACAGUCGUAGACAUCAAAAUUUUACAAACACGUGCAAAACUAUUUUGAUUAACCAUUAAGCCGUUGUAUAAUGCUCACGAUUAUCAAAUCUUUUAUUAUUCAAAUAGGUUUUUGAGUGAUAAGUGUGUAGCUUAAGUUUAGCUUUCGCGCGCUCUGCCUAAAUUGGUUAGUCACUGUGAACGGGUGGGAACUAAAUAAAUAGAAAACAAAUGGCAAGGAAUUAAGAAAAAAAAACAGAACUCCAUUCCCUCCCGAAUCGAGCAGUCAACUAUCGGAGCAGUUAAGAACCGGUAUCGGAAGCGGCCGAAGUACAUAAAUAACCCUCCGCCUGCGCCUGCUACGCCUUCCAAGAUGGUCGCAUUCCCUUUGCGCUCCCCGACUUGCAGCUUGAGGGAAGCUGUAAGGUUCUGCGUGGAGUCGUAUUCGUGCGUUUGCAUCUGCGUGCGACAAAUAUUCCGCAACGGCAUUCGUUGUGAGUCGAUUCGCCCUUGCAUCCCGGCCAGGCCUGGAUGGGUUAACGAAAUUCCCUCAGAAUCGUUAAAAUUUUCCCACUACUCUGGAUGAAUUCGCACCGGGCGAAUGUGUGUGUGUGUGUGUGUGUGUUUGUGUGCUAUUUUACUCGUUUUCCUCUCAUUCCAUUAAAUUAUUUCUCCAUUCUUCAAAUGCAAGAAGACGUCGGUUCGAUCCUCCAUACAAGCCGGCCCCGUUCGGGCCCAGCGCUGAUGUCAGCGCCUUGAAAGUAAUGUUCUCGUUUAUUUAUUUUUUUCUCCCUCCGCUGCCAGCAGGUUUGUGAUCCAGCCCUGUUGAUGGGCUCUCGGGUUAGUGUGUGUGUGUGCAUAUUUUUUUUCUGUCCAUUUGCUAGUGGUACGAUCUAGUGUUUCGAUCGCGAAGUCAAGCAGUGCCGGGGCAAGUGUUGUGCUGAGCCAAGCCAAAGUGUGUGGGAUUCGUUCGAUGCUAAGCGUUAGCCCGGUCGUUGGCCUACCGGAUGAUAAGUGUUAUUGGUGAUGUUGUGGUAGGUUUGUGUAGUUGUUUUUACAUCCUGGAUGUGCAACAGUGUAAGGAAGGUUGGUGGUUAUUGUUUAAAUCUACCAAAUGACGGAAAGCUAUUACUAAGUGCAUAGUGAAUAGAAGUGAUUUAUGAAAGAAAGAAAAUUUUGUGUAAAAGCAACGUAUAGAAACAAGCAAUAGUACAAUAUUUUGAUGAUAACAAUUUAACGGCGCUACAAAAACUGAAAGGAAACGCACCGUGCAGCAUCAUUAGGUAGUGAGCAAAGUUAAGUCGAGUGCUGUACCGGCGUUGUUGCUGCCUGCUGAUCAUUUCCCAAGCUGAGAGCUGUAAUACGAGCCCGUUCGUAUGCGGCAAGGCAGAAAGUCGGCGUAAUGUUAUGUUAAGUUUGUACCGUCUCAUCAACCGAAACCAUGCUGCCGCUGAUGUGAUGUGAGUGCGAACCCACAAUAUGAACUGUACCGCCAUCAACAGCAACCAGAUCGAAACGACACCAAACAAUCUACCCCGGUUGAUGGGGGGCAUGGGAACGGCGACACCAUUAUCGACUAGCACACCCACCUCCCGCACGGCCAAGGCUACCAUCUGCAGCGGUACGGGAGGUACGGGCGGAAGCGUAGGGACGACCGUGUUCUUCCACCGUACCACCAACAAUCUGCUGGAUGUGCCGCGGACAGCCAACAGCUCCGAGGAGGAAAACUCACCGACGGAAUUGAAUACCUGCCGCAAACUAACCGAAAAGCCACCGCUGGUGAAACGACUUACGAUGGGUAUUUUAAGGACGGCAGAAGACAGCAGACCACUGGUUCACAGCUCAUCGUCUCCAUCGAGCUCGUCCAGCUCGUCCCAGACGAUCUCGGAUGGGUAUGUGAACGAAGGUAUCUGUGCCGAUACGGCCGAAACGACUCUCUCGACGAGCGUGUUUACUAGCAAACUGUCCGGAUCUACUACCACCUCCACGACAGCAACGACGAUGAUUGCUGGCAGUAGCACCAUACGAAGUCCACUGUCAUCGGGACCAUCACUAGCAGCUGGUGCAAGCGUUCUGCUCGAUGCCGGUGGACCCCGGUACAAUCAUACGGCAACAACGCUGCUCUACCCACCGGCCGUACCACUCCGCAACGAUAGUCUUAGCCUGAAGGAGCAGCACGAACUGAAAGGAGCACCCUGGUUUCAGGCGGGCAUACCGCGCGAAAUUUCGCUCGAAGUCCUAUCGCGCCAAAAUCCGGGCGCAUUCCUAGUGCGCCAAAGUACCACCAAACCGGGAUGCUUUGCGCUGUCGCUACGUGUACCGCCACCGGCACCGAAGGUGGCACACUACCUAAUUCUAAGAACGAUACGGGGGUACAAAAUAAAGGGCUUUACGAAAGAAUUUACCUCCCUAAGGGCACUGAUAACGCAUCAUUCGGUGAUGCCGGAGCUGCUGCCCGUUCCGCUCGCACUACCAAGACCACCGCAGAUCGUCCACCGGCAGGAAGAUCCGGAAACGUACGGUUCGCUGAACGACUUUCAGAAUAUGAUUACCGAGUGAUAGAGAAGAGACCGGAUUGACUUUCUUUCUACCGUUUUGUACGGUGUUACAGCAUUUACUCUCGCGCACCAGACACAUCACACCGAAGGAAUGAAGCGAUAUGUGAUUUGGAUUUAUUCGUUUCGUUCUACAGUAUCGCUCUAUCAGCCACGAUUUAAAAAAAAAACAUUCAAACAUUUCUGGCUAUCAAUUUGGAGAUUGUUUGUUUAAAUUUCUGUGUUCGCUUUUAACGCACUACACCCGAUUCGGAACUAGUAGUGAACAAGUUAGGGCAGUAAUUGUCUGAUUUAGUUAGAAUUGGAAUAUUUUCUUGCACUAUUCUCCCACGAAAUAUAAACUGUACUGUUGAAACGCUUCUGUAUAAAUUAGGAUAGGAAUACUGUCAAUUGGCGCAACAGUGAAAUUGAAACUGAUUAGAGAACACGUGUGAAUCGUGACGGUUCAAACGAUACAAAAUUUAAACCCUAGUCAAAAGCAGCUCGAAAAACACGAUUGAACGCUUCCAGACAGGUUAAAAGUGAUAGCAAUGUGAAUGUCGUAAAAUGCAACUAAUGUGUAAAAGUGUUGUAAAAUGAAGCAAUAAUGUUGUGAGACAAAAAAGGUUUAGAGUGAGCUAAGUGGGUACGUUAUCCCGCAAAAUCCGAUUGUAGACAAAUAUUACCGAACUAAUGAAGAAAAAGUUAAAGUAACGUAACGUAAUAACAAGUUUGAUUGUAGGGUAAGACAUGAAAAAAGACGGCAUAGAAGAAAAGAGCAAACAAAUGGCAUAUGUGAAUGAAAAUACCAAAAAAGUUUAACUGAAACCAGUUAUGGGAGAAUGAGUGCAUUAUUUAAAUAUGUAUUUUUAAUUGUACGAUUGUAAAGUUAAGAAGAUAUGCUCGUAGCAUGAGUUGGGAAAACAACCGCCAUCGUUACUACACUUUGGGCUUUUGGAAUCGUUGUUCAUAUGGCAUGGCGGAGGUAAAGGUUAGCAAAGGUUUUGUAAUUUUUAAAUUCUUUCUUCACAAAACGCACGAACAUGCGGCGUGCUUAUUGUCAAUCACCUUCGUUGCUACAGACACGUAUGCGACUAGUAUCGCUCAUAGGGUCAUAGUUUGAGCUAUAGUUUAAAGCCAAGCAUGUAUGGUUUUUGUUUCUUCUUCCUUCUAGCAAUUAGAAGGUACCUCCGAAAGGAAAGAUUCCACUACUUUGCUGCAUAAUGCUGUUUUUUUGUGUGAUUUUGUUUUGUUUUGCUUUAAUCUAUUAUCUCGCGAGCUUCUAAAACACAAUUCUAUUUAAUUGUAUACGAAGAAUGACGUUUCUUCCGGAAGACUUUACUCUGUUACACACCAUACAGAUAUUUAGGAUGGUUUAUUUUAUAACCUACGAACGUUUGUGAAAUAGAUGCAAUUAAAUGCCUUUACUAAAGGAGUGCAAUCCGUUAAGCGCUUUAGUGUAAACUUAAUCUUCAUUUGUUAAGUGGACAUCAAUGUUUCGUUCAAUUAAAUACUUUUCAUUUGGAACAAACGUUUAAGAUCAUUGAGCAUGUAAUAGCAUAACGGCUGAACGGUAGCAGGUAGCAGAUAAUCACACAUAAGCUUUACUAAAUCUUGCUAGAAGCAUUCUAUUCUUCGUAUAUUCCCUCUGGCUAUCCAAAGUUGUGCAAAAAAAACAA